AUGGUCAACGUAGAAGAAGCUUUGUUGUCAAGGAAAAAUCUAAAAGAAUUAAAGUUUGUUCUGGCUAGGUUAACAUUCUGGUCCAUGAAUGUUGUUUCACGAGGUUCCCCUGAAAUCCUACCCAAUAUUUGGUCCAUUCCCAAUGGUGUCAAGUGUCAGGAUUUGACUUGGAAUGACACCAGAGUUCCCACUCUGGGGGGCCAUCAUGGUUUCUCAUCCAGAGAUAAAUUUAUUGGUGAAAAGUUGCUUUCUUAG